AUGGAUGCUUAUUUACUUCACAUCCGCAUUCGUGCACACAAACAAAAUAAUAUUUUCUACAAGAAACCAUUGGCGCAUUUGAGUCAGUCUUAUGAGUUCCUGCCUCGACGAUUCUCUUCCUUCUCGUCCCCCGAGAGACGCCUUCGCUUCGAAGCCGGUUUGCCGACCAGCCUGCCACAUCACCUCUCCUCUGUUCAUAGAUUGACUGGCCCAUCUCUCCACUCAUCUAGCACCGGUCCUACGUCCGAUGCACCCCCUUCCCCCCUACCGGCCUUUCCUCAAACUAACUGGUUGGCAUGGUUCUGGCGAUGGUAUUUUUCUUAUUCUUCCAUCUUUUCCCCACUGCCUUUUCGCUUUUCUGAUGUCUGUUUAUUUGACUCACCUGAGAGACCUGACCGGGCCCUUAAUCCGGUAAGAGAGCAUCCCCUUCCAAUGACUUCUCACACUCCUUCCUCCUCUCCUUUUAUUUCUUCUCAUAUACCUUCUCUUUCUCGUCCUCUUCCAUCCUCUGCUGGUGACCAUAGUUUAAGCUGUGAGUCUAGGGUAAGUGUCACCAAGACAUCCAAUUUGAUUGGCGCCCAUAAGCAGCUAGAUCAUUUAUCACUAAGACCCAGAACGAUAGCGUAUAAAGGACUACCACUUUGCUUACGCCGGCCAGUAGCACAGCCCCCUGCUCCGCUCCGCUUGCCCUUGUCUGCCGACAGACAAAUCAGCAAGAAUAUUUUCCCCUCUAAUGUUGCUGCCAUGGCUUCUCCUAUUGUUGCUCGCCCAAACUCGGCCAAGCCAUCUUAUCUAAGCUCACCUAAGCACUCGAUCUAUGGUCCAUCCCCAUCUUCUGAAGUUCUAGGCACAAAUGGUCCCCAAUCGAGCAAAAUUGAUUUCAUCCCUGACCUUGAUUCGAAGCUUACCCAUUUGAGUGCUCCUCUUGCCGCAUCUUCUGUGAGCACUCGAGCGAAAGAGGAUGGCAGUUGUUAUUUUUUCGCCUCAUCCUUCAAACCCGGAGGUUUAGGUGAACCUGGGUCCACUCCCAGACAGCCUACUCUCUUCAAUUAUUCGGUAUCGGCAGACAACACUUCGCUCAAGAGUGCGCCCCCUGCAUUUGCAUUCCCAUUGCAUUCGCUGCCAUUUACGACAACGUUGACUCCUUCUUUGCCUUCUUCGCCGUUUGUUAGCCAUGAGCGAGCUGCGAUAGCGCCACGGUGUGACGAUGUCAGUUGGCGCAACCUAAAUGCCCCUCGAUCUUAUGCUCACCGGCUCAGUUGGGCUGACGCUAGCCCCUCCCUUGAACAAUGUCAGCCACAGUCAUUGCACUCUGUUUCAGCAGCACCGAAGCCAACACGACAUGAGGCAAAAGGGUCGAAGAUAUUUGAACCCGAACUCGAAGCCAGUUUACUGCCAUUCCAUGGUUUUGUUGACACUUCUUUGAACUCGCCUUCAUUGCAGAAAGCAGUUACGGAGCUGAAUGACAAUAAUUUACACGUGACCCAUUCUAAAAUGAUGUCACUCUUGUCUCCCCAUCCUUUUUCUUCUCGUUCUGACUCCUCUUUCAAAUUCCCUUUUGUGCUGAAAUCAGGCCUACCAUCGCCACCACCACCGCCCUCUCCCACUCUUUCAUCCUCUUCUUCCUCUGUGCUUCCCCUCCUUCCCCCUUCUUUUCUACUGCCCCCAGAAUGCUUUAUUCCAACCAGGGAUGCCCGGCUGCAGAUCCAAAAUCUUGCUGAGCUCAGACUCUCGCUGAAGGUCCCUCAUUUGGUCAGUUCGCAACUGAGUUCAGGAAGUCUUGCUAAGUUUUGGCUUUUCUCAUCGGUCCAACUCUAUCACACUUUCUAUUUGCUAACUGAAAUACGGAUAGCCACUGUUGUUCUCACUAGCAUCUUUUUUGUUUAG